CUUUGUUCUUCAUUUCAAAUAAUUCAAAAGAAAAGGAAACUAGGAGGGAUGUUAAAAGGUUGGUUCCGCCAUGCCUACAACAAGGUGUCUAAGAAAAGGUUUGGAGUAUUAGAAGAGCAUCCUAUGGCUAAGCAACAUGCAGAAGAAGCCAUGGAAGCUCAUGGUGAAAUAAAGAGCAACCUUCGAUUUAAUAAUCAAAAGGAGUUCAAGAUAUAUAGGUGGAAUCCUCAAUAUCCCAACCACAAGCCUUUUCUUCACUCUUUCUUCCUCGAUCUCUCUAAAUGUGGUCCUAUGGUUUUAGAUGCAUUGCAGAUGAUAAAAGCAGAGAAAGACUCAAGUUUGAGCUAUAGAAGAUCUUGUAGGGAAGGAAUAUGUGGAUCAUGUGCCAUGAACAUUGAUGGAGCUAACACAGUUGCUUGCCUCAAACCUAUUGAUGUUGACACUUCCAAACCCACCAUUAUAACCCCUCUUCCCCAUAUGUAUGUCAUCAAAGAUCUUGUUGUUGAUCUCACCAACUUCUACCAACAAUACAAGUCAAUAGAGCCGUGGCUGAAGACUAGAAGGUCAGCAGAGGGUGGGCGAGAGUUCAGGCAAACUCCUGCAGAGAGGAAGAAACUAGAUGGGUUGUAUGAGUGUAUUCUUUGUGCUUGUUGCAGUACUUCAUGUCCUCCAUAUUGGUGGAAUCCAGAAGAGUUUCUUGGUCCUGCUGCGUUGCUCCAUGCCUAUAGAUGGAUCUCUGACAGUCGAGAUGAGUUCAAGGAGGAACGAUUGCAAGCAAUAGCAGAAGACGAGACAAAGCUUUAUAGAUGUAGAACUGUAAAGAAUUGCACAGCCACCUGCCCCAAAAGUCUUGAUCCUUCCUCUGCAAUUCACCAUAUGAAGGCAAUGCAUUUGAUCUCUAGGUCCAAUUAAGUUGCCCAACAACUAGCUUUUGUAGUCUUUUCUGUUCUCUAAAAUCCUAUGGUAACAUAAGCCUUAUCUUCUUCUUGGUCUUGAAGUUCAUUUUCAAUCUUGUAGUUAACUUGUAUACAAAAACAAAAAGAAAAAGUUAUCAAAUAAACUCUUUGUCAAAGGAUA